GGCGAAGGGGGAAGCCGGCAGGAGCUUCCGGAAAGGAGAGCAUUCAGUGUCUCGAGGAGAAGGAGAGAGGGAGGAGCCCGGGAUGUUCGCUCCUAGGUAGGUAGGUGCGGGUGGCGGGAGUCGCUGGGAAGGGGCUCGUCCUUAUGGGUGGAGUGGUCUGAGGAGAGGGCGGAGCACCUGCUCUGCCUGUGGAAGGUUGUAAGGCAGCUUCCCAUGUUUCUAGCCUGGUGUUUUGUUUCUCUUCCCUUUCCAUCCCCUUUCGCUUUCCAUGGAAUUGCAGGGUUGGAAGGCACCAUGAGGGCCAUCUAGUCCAGGGGGUAAUUUUUGCCCAAUGUGGGACUUGAACUCACGAUGCUGAAAUUAAGAGUCGCCUGCUCUACUGACUGAGCUAUCGGUGUGCCUCGUGCCUCUUCUAAUGUUGUUGUUUUUUUAAAAAAAAUAAUAGUAAUUUUUAUUAGUUUUCAAUUACAUUCCAAUAAUAGCCUCAUUAUAACAAUACCAAUUUAAUGCUGUAUUGUUUUUAACACUCGAUUGGGAGCCGCCCAGAGUGGCUGGGGAAACUCGGCCGGAUGGGCGGGGUAUAAAUAAUAAAUUAUUAUUAUCACAAUACCAAAUUAUCGUGUCUCUUCUAUUGUUAAGCCUGUGGACGUGGGUUGCUUCUGUGUAUUGGUGAUACACAAGCCGCUUUAGGAGAUGUUAGCUGGGCCUAAAGUGUUCCCUCCCAUUGUAAAGAAGGGUAGAGGGAAGAAAGUGGAAAGAAACUCAGCCUAGUCCAGGAGUUCGGAGGGCACCAGGUUAGCAAAGGCUGAUCCAGCAGGACAAUUGAUUCAAAACUGCCUGCGGGGAUAUGUUGGAAAACCUGCGCGGAUAUGUUGGAAAACCUGGUGCUGGAAAGACUUUUGGUUUCAUGAGUGGCGAGUUCUUAUUAGGAAAGUAUUUCACGUAUAGCAGGGAUGGGGAUCCUGUGCCGCCUCUGAUGUUUUUGCACUCCAACUCCCAUCAUCCCUAACAUGUUCGUGCUCUGGUGGGUGUGGGGCCCCCCUUGACAGUUGCCUGAUGUCACCUGUCAAUCUUGUGACAUCCCUGUCCCUGCAAACUCUGCUUUUUUGCCCAGGCAGCUUAAAAUCAAAACACACUGAGGAGUAACAAAUUUAUUACGUGAUAAGUUUCUCUAUAUAAAUAAUAAUAAAUAACUUAUAAAAUAAAUAGUACAACAGGAAGUUUUAUGCAGUCGAAGAUGUAGUAAAAUAAAUAGCAAUGUAACAUGAAUAAUGUACUGAAUAACAAAUUUAUUAGUCUCUAAGAUGUAGCAAGACACUCUUGUUCUUUUGUGUAAGAGGACGAGUCGUACAUAAAACAAGUUAGUUAAAAAAAUCCUUGCUUAACUACGGGUGUCUAUGUGGAUAUAUGUGAUGCCCUCUAGUGGCUAAAAUAUAUUCCAUAAAGAUAAGACAAUUUUAUAUCUGUGGGCUAAGCAAAUCCAAGUAUAAAUGGGCAAAAAUAGUCGAAAGCAAAAAUCUGCAAAAGGCACCUUGAAGGCAUUUUGUCCCUGAGCUCAGGGCAGUAUAAAUUUUGCUCGUAAUAAAUUAAAUUAUGAGUGACUGGCCCUAGAUCAUGAGCAAUAUAAUCCGAUGCAUGUUGAUACUCUGAGUUUAAUGGGGCUGUACUCCAAGAUUAGCAUACAUGGCAUUGCAGACUCAAUGGGUGAGUGGCAAUUUGAACAUGAGCCUAUCCCAUGCCCACAUAAGAAAAUGUGACUAUAGUCCAUAGAAAUGGGAGGUGGACAAUAAUGACAUAUUGAGUGUGGUUCCAUAUUGGAGUGGGAUCUUAGCGUGGCUCUUUCUAGUACAGAUGGAAGUGUUUAAAGGCUCCCAAAGAGAUUUAUAUGGUGCUAAUGAACACAGAGUUUCUGCAAUAGAAGCUGUUCUGCUUGCCUGCCGGCUUUCAUAAAAUUAAUAAUAUGCUUUCAAAAUUACCUUUACAGAAAGAAAUUAUUAGAAAAUUGCUUUGGUCAAUAUUUCACCAAGUGAGGUGCCUUUCUAACUUUGAAGAUGACAACAACACUAUCAGGUAACCAGAUCUUUGGCUACAGUUUAUUUGUUCCAUUAGCAAUAAACCUAUGUUGUUCCUCUGAUUUCCUCCCCCAUUUAUUUUCUGGAUAAAACUUGUGUGCAUGGGCCAUUUUGCUUGUUGUUCUGACUGUAUAACAAAUUACUUGAAUACAAAGGCAGUGCUUGGGGUACCUGGUAGUUUGGGAUAAAGAGCUGGGCAUGGAAGUUUCAUAAGAGCUCAGGAGUUCAGCCCCAGGAAGCAUUAUUCUCUUCAAAGGAAACCAGCAUAUAGGAAGAAGGGGUGGGUGAGAGGGCCCACCAGCCAAAGAAGACGCCCUCUCCUGAUUUAGAGUAAGGUUUAAAGAAGAGUUCCUAAUAGGAAGAGUAAAAAGGCUCUGCUAAACUCCUUUUGAGUCCUGGGGUGGGUUAAUGUGGCCUAGGACAAGGGAACAAACAUAUGUUUGCAUGGCAAUCUUUCUACCUUAGUGCUGGAAGAGGAAUUGGCAUCUGUUGACAGUGAACUGCAGGCUCUGGAGAUCCAGGUACAAGAACUUCUUGAACAUCAGCAGGAGCUCAUUCAGAAAAAGACAGUGCUAAAGAAGAAGAUAAAACAGUUUUCUGACACAGAGAGCGGGAGCAGCAAAGAUAUUGAACCAGCAGCAGAAGACUGGAACAAGGAAGGUCAGCACUUACUAUUUUUAAAUCCUUGGGCUGUCAUGAAAACUACUGUCAAACAGUUCAAAACAUUACUGUUGCUUGCUGUUAAAAUAGCAUGAGAUGUGACUUUGCAGCAAGGUCGUUUCUUGUAGCUUAUUUUGAAGGGGGGGGUGUGUAAAGAUGUUUUUCAUUAUUAUUAUUUUUUAAAUGAGCAUCUGUUAAAUGAGAUAAAAGCAUUAAGGUUGCCGCGGCUGCCAGAAUAAAUAUUCUACAGAUAGCAUGACUUCAUCUCCAUUUCUUCACUUAAGUUUGCAAAUUCUUUCCCAGUACACCUACCUACCAUAAAUGAAUGAGUUUGGCCCACAAAUGGCCAAUGGAAAGCCUUCCACUCAGCCAUGCUCUUGGCUUUUAGCAGGUUUCUUCAUAUUUGUCUUCAGGGUGGUGGUUACACUGACAUAAAUGUAUGUCUCCUGUAUUUCCCCUCCACUUCCCAAGAAAGGUUUAGCCUGCUGGUCUUAGGGUUCUUAGUAUUCACCCCCAAAUGAGCAUUUGAAUUGCAAGGGGAAGACAGAAAUCAGAUCCCAGGUAACUCAGGCUGCAUUCCUACACACACUUACCUGGGAGUAAGUCACAUUGAACUCAGUGGGAUUAACUUCUGAUUAGAAAUAGGCUCAUUUGUUGUUCACCACAGACCUAUGUACACUCAUGGAGGCAACGCUUACAAUUUAGGGGAUUAAUGUCAACUUGGAAGACAAUGUUUACCUUGGUGGGGGUGGGAUUCUGUGAUCAAAUGAACUCCAGUGUUGUUUUUAAAUGUACGGCUGCUAUUUCCUUUUCACAGAUUUUUCCUGGUCUGCAAACGUCAGAGAUGCGUUACAAAAUAACUUUAAGCUUCGAAAAUUUAGGCCUUUGCAAUUGGAAACAAUCAAUGUUACAAUGGGCGGAAGGGAUGUAUUCCUUGUGAUGCCUACUGGAGGGGGAAAGAGUCUGUGUUACCAGCUGCCAGCAGUAUGUUCUGACGGUAUGUACUUGUACUUAUAAGCAAAAUGACAAUAAUAAAUAAUAAUAAAUAAAAAAAUUUAUUUAUACCCCGCCCUCCCCAGCCAAGGCCGGGCUCAGGGCAGCUAACAACCAAUAAUAAAAACAAGUUGAAUGAAUACAACUUAAAAACAAGAUUAAAAUGCAACAUUAAAACAUUAAAAUGCAGCCAUUUGAGACUGAGAGCAUAGCUUUUCAAGCUAAAUUGUGAUCUUGCUGUAUAUUUGUAACCGAAUACAGAUCGUGUUUAGCACCAAUUGUAGCCUCAACAUGACUGAAGCUAGACAUAUCUGCCAUUAGAGGCGUGUGUGGAGAAUCCUGCUAUUUGACAUGUGCUGAAACAGAACUUUUCCGGUGACUUGAGACGAGGGGUUAUUUUUCAUUUCAGGCUUCACACUUGUGAUUUGUCCUCUGAUCUCACUAAUGGAAGACCAGCUAAUGAUGUUGGAGCAGCUGGAAGUUUCUGCGACUUUACUAAACGCCUCAAGCAGUAAGGUAUGGCUGGCUGCCCAGCAAGGUGGCUGGCAGCCAAACAUGGGCAUCAGUAUUUGGCAUCUGAAAGAAAUGCUGACAUGCUUACCUCAUAUAUUAAAAGCUGCGGCCACAAGUCACUGAUGUCCCUUCUGCUUAUUCGUAUGACUUGUACAAGUUGCAUGUGAAAGGGCAAAAAAAUUAUCUGAAAUAGAAUAUUCAUGAAAACCCUCUCUAGAAUGUUGAUAUUGAAGGGGUUCAGUUCGCCUGUUCUUUUGUACACAGUCUCAGUGGGGUUGGGUUCCGUGCUUAAUUUCUGGAAUGGGAUUUGCUGUCCUGGAAAGGUUAACUUUUGACUUAGAAGGCGAUUAGCUGCCUCCAGUAUCCCAGGUAUAUGGAGCCAUGCGAUAGGAACUCGUUGAGAAGAGAAGGGCAUUCUGCCUGUCUGCACUAAAGCUUUACAGUCUGGAUUGGCUACAGCUAGUCUGUGUGUGAAUCUUAUAUAAACCUCCUUUAAGGCAUCAUUCUGAUUAGAGCAGGUCAGCCCAGGAAUGAAAGCCAAUGGGGACAGAAUUGAACUUGAGUCUAGGAGUAUUUGAUUAAGUUGCAUGGUUCAAAAAUCUUUUUAAAAUAUAGAAACCCUGUAUUCAUCAUUUGGUGCACCAUGGCCACAGGUGGUUUUUGAACCUCAGUUUGACAAACAACUGGUGCUUAGAUAGACGCAUGAUGCAUGUAUACCCAAUUUUGUGGGUUUUGAUAGGGCAGAACUGGAAGUUGUUUGCAUUACAUUUUCUGAAAACGCAUAGACAUGCAUUCCACACGUUCCUCAGCUGAUGAAAUUGAUCAUAGCUUGGGAACAUACAGUUUUCAUCUUCAUAAUAUGAACAAGUCAGGAGCUUUCUUGAUGACUGUAAGGCAGUGAAUGUUCCUUAAAGCUAGGGUACUUGUUCUUGAGUGUUUAUGAAAGGUUUUCCUAUCCUUAGCAGAGGUGGUCUGCUGAGAUGGGAUUCUAGAUUUACAUACUUGUAGAAUUUGUAUUGCACCCUUCGUUGCAAAGUGAUCUCUGGGUGGGUUGCAACAAUAAAAACACACCAUAAAAUACACCAGUAAGCUUUAAAAUCAAAUAAGCAGCAUAUCUCUGUACAAUUCACAUUGUCUGUUCUUCCAGUACAAACAAAGUGCAGGACUGAUACAAGUCUUUGAGUUGCCAAGAGAAAUUAUCUUACCACUUUGCAAGGGGUACUUAAGAAAGGAAACCGCUGUUUUCACUUUUCUUAAGGUCUUGUUUAAAUGGAAUGAGGAUUUGUCAUGGCUGUCACUCAGCUUCUUUAAUGCUAGCAUAUGUUGCCAUCUUGUUCUUGCUUCUCCUGGCACAAUUCCAUAAAGCAGCCCUCCUCCUUCCGACUCAGGCUGAUUUGACCCAUAAAAAGCCGAGUUGUUAGCUGCCCCUAAAGUUUUGUGAUGAAAUAAUAAUGAUUUCUAUACCGCCUUUCAUCCGAGGCUAACAGGGCAGUUUACAACAUAAAAAUACAAAAAUACGUAAUAUAGUAACAAACAAAAACAAUACCCCGCAGUUUAAACGGCCACAAAUUUUUAUAAUUAGGCAAAGGCCUGGGAGAUUAGAGAAGCAGUUGUUGGUUAUUACGCUGCACUGCCAUUUUGAUGCCCCCGGUAUGUAUGCCAAGCACCCUUUUUUUAUUCCCAAAUAGGAACACGUGAAGUGGGUUCAUGCUGAAAUGCUGUCUCGCAGUUCGCAGCUGAAACUCAUUUACGUGACCCCAGAGAAGAUUGCGAAAAGCAAGAUGUUUAUGUCAAAGCUGGAAAAAGCUUACCAAGCAGGAAGGCUUACGCGCAUUGCAGUGGAUGAGGUUCACUGCUGCAGCCAGUGGGGACACGACUUCAGGCCUGGUAUGUCUGUCUAGAAGGAAUUCCAUGUUACCAGAAAGAGCUUUGACUCUUCUCCACUAGAAACUAUUAAGCCUCAUUGCUCUUCUCACUUCAUUUUUUUAGUUGCAUUGAUCAGUUCCCUGUGCCCAAGGUUCUUUCUCCCUCCCCGGACCACAUCUAUUACUCUGCUGCAGCAUCCUGCCACAUGGAAAUAUUGGUGGUGGUGGGGAAACUGCUUUUCAGAGAAACACAUCCGCCAUUACUGUUUGUGGUUUUUAAAAGGGAUUUUUUUUUAAAAAAGUGUUGUUUUUCAAAAAAGGUGAUCGAUUUCUGCAGUGUUGAGAUUUGCCUAGUCAUAACUGCAAAACGAUUUUGUCACUUACAAGUAGCUUAAGCAGAGCUAGACUAAUAUAGUGGCACCAAAUAUUGGGGUUUUAUUUAUAUAUCUUUAAAAUAUUCCUGCUUUUUUGUCUUCCACUUCUGUUCAGAUUACAAGCUGCUUGGUAUCUUAAAGCGGCAGUUUCCUAAUGCUCCAUUGAUUGGGUUGACAGCAACUGCAACAAGCAACGUUCUGCAUGAUGCUCAGAAAAUUCUUUGCGUUCAGAAGUGCAUCACUUUCACGGCAUCAUUUAAUCGGCCCAACCUAUAUUAUGAGGUAUCCCUGUUGAGUGUGUUUUUGGCUUUGGGAAGAUAGCGAGCUUCUCAAAUAUUCCUAGAAAAGGCUAAGAAACCAAACAUGCAUGUGUAGGAUUUAAGCUGGUUUAUCAUAUUCAUAGAGUGUUUUAGUUUAACUCCACCAUUCUUGUACUGGAGAGAGUCAUGAAUUCUGGGCAGUUUCACACCUAACGCACUAGACUAUCUCCUUUAUAAACUUUCAUUGUUACAGUUGUUUACUUUUGUUGUAAGUCAUGUUGGGCACAUGCGUUCUUUUCUACAAAACUUACCAAUUCAAUUUCUUAAAUACUACUGUAAUGUUGGGAAUUAAAAGGCAGAGUCUGGAAUGAUGUGUUGCUUUUCAGAAGUGUAUAUAAAUAUGGAGCUGGGUGCAUUUUAGCAAAAUAACUCAGUCCAUCCCCGCAUAGUCUGAAUAUAAUAUGGAAAUAUGCAGAUUUGCUCAGAUCACUUCUUUGCUUCCAGGACCAGAUGAGCUAAGAACUUGGACUUCCUAGUUGAGACCUUCUUUAAAAAAGAAAACAAGGGUUUUGGGGCGUGAGGCACUGUAGAGCAUUGAUGGGGAGAUGUGGCCACCCAGAUAUUGCUCCCAUCAUCCCAGGACAUUGGUCAUGCUGACAAGGGCCGUUGGGAGAUGGGAUUUAAUGUUUGCAGAACAGUUAAGGUGGCCCCAAUCAGUCAUAGCAGGGAGUGUUUCUAUUCCAAAAGGUAAAGGGACCCCUCACCAUUAGGUCCAGUCGUGACCGACUCUGGGGUUACGGCACUCAUCUCUCUUUAUUGGCCGAGGGAGCUGGCAUACAGCUUCCAGGUCAUGUGGCCAGCAUGACUAAGCCGCUUCUGGCAAACCAGAGCAGCGCACAGAAACGCCGUUUACCUUCCCGCCAGAGUGGCACCUAUUUAUCUACUAGCACUUUGACAUGCUUUCAAACUGCUAGGUUGGCAGGAACGAGGACUGAGUAACGGGAGCUCACCCCGUCGUGGGGAUUCGAACCGCCGAAUGUACACAAGGCUAAAAUCACUUAGCAGUUUUCUGAAGAGAUGAAAAAUUUAACCUGUAUAUGUGUGCUAUUGAAUGCCUGUUUCUCAAAAUAUGCAUUUUAGGUUCGACAAAAGCCAUCAGCUGCUCAGAAUUUCAUUGAGGACAUAGUUAAACUCAUCAAUGGAAGAUACAAAGGCCUUUCAGGUGAACUUUGUAAUGAAAAUGAGUGCUGACUUCUUAAAGCACGGUAGCAUCUGUAGGAGACCACCCCUUGUAAGGUAGCGCUCCCAAGUCUUCCCAAGCCCUGCUUAAGUACUGCAUAGCUUGGAGUCCAUUUGUUGAUUUCAUCGGUGUAAAAUUAUUUUGAUACAGGAAUUAUCUACUGCUUUUCCCAGAAGGAUGCUGAACAGGUUACUAUGAAUUUACAGAAGCUGGGGAUUAAGGCAGGUGCCUACCAUGCCAACAUGGAACCCAAAGAUAAGAGCAGAGUUCACAAGCGAUGGUCUGCCAAUGACAUUCAGGUGAGUUGUGUGAGAACUCCAUCACUUCCUCCAUUCAGCUUGCAUCCCUCAUGUCCUGAUGAUCCUUAUUGCCUUUGUCUUUCAGGUGGUAGUGGCCACCGUUGCCUUUGGCAUGGGAAUCGACAAGCCAGACGUGAGGUUUGUAAUACACCAUUCAAUGAGCAAAUCCAUGGAGAACUAUUACCAAGAGAGCGGGCGUGCAGGUAUGCUCAACGGAGAUGAGAUUCCAGGUAGAUGUAUGUACUCAUAUGUACCUAUGCUUCUGAUGGGGGGAAAGAAAAAUCUGCUUCUUAAUAUUUCCUUCUAGGUCGGGAUGACCAGAAAGCCGACUGCAUCUUAUAUUACGGUUUUGGGGACAUAUUCAGAAUCAGCACAAUGGUGGUGAUGGAAAACGUAGGGCAACAAAAAUUAUACGACAUGGUUUCAUAUUGCCACAACAUGAGCAGGUAAGUGAUUUUGUCUGAGGUUGUCCUUUUUUUGUUUUAAGCUACGUUUUUCUCUUGAGUUUACUGUAAAAUGCGGUGUAGGCCAGGAUGUUGAAGUUAGUAUCUGAAAAUACCAAGCCUCCAAAUAUAUUAUUUUCUGUGAAAUUUUUUUAAGGAAAGCAGGGUUGUGCAGUUGGUCACUUUUGCCCUGUGAGGCAUCCUAUGCUCUUUUGCUGUCUGCCAGUAUAUUGAUUUUUUUUUAUAUUAUUUUUUUAAUUCUCAGCGGUCCAACAGAGUCUUAAGUGGUUGCAAAAAUAACUUUUGCUAUUGAAUGUUUUGUGCUACCAGACUAUGCUGUCUUGGGUAGGAAGAGCAGGAUAUAAAUUUAAUAAAUGAAACAUUAAUCUCAUCUCUGUUUUGUUUUUGUUUUUAAAAACCCAAAAGUUAAAUGCCAAGCAUCAUGUUUUCCCAGGUCAACAAGGUCAAGCCCAGACCUAUAGAUACCUGCUGCUGAGACUGGCUCCUUUUUUACAAAAACAGGGAAUUCAGAGUGCCAAUGCUACAUUUGCAUUAGAACUGUCAGUAUUUUGAGAAAAUCCAAACUUGAUAGCAAGGAAACCUAAUUUUUCAAGGGUGACAGGUUUCUUCAAUUCAGAAAAUACCCACCAUGUUCACUUUUCAUAUUUUAGUAGCUGCAGAAAUAUCUCAGACAUUUAAAAGAAAUGACUACAGGUUUGCAUGGGUUGUAUCUAUGUGUCCGUUUGCACUGUUGUUUCUCUCUGUAAUCCCAUAUUAAGGGCUGCGCACAGAAAAUUGGAAUCUACUUCUCAUGUGUCAAGUAGUUCCUCUCUGCCUCAGAAAUCUAUAUAUUUCAAGUGCAUGCUUAAUGUCUGUAGGUAAUUUAAAUUGCUGAAAGGCAGUGAGUACCAGAGAAAUUAAGCUCCUAUUCAAAUUAAUGGACUUUAAUUUCAGUGAGACUUGUUUAUCCCACAUUCUUCCAUCCAUUUGGUUAUUGAAUACAGCACAUGUCUUACUUGCAAUGUUUACUCUGCCAGUUGUCUUAUAGCCUUUCCAUAGGAGCCACAUGCAUUGGGUUGCAUCCUAACCCCAGGUAUUUGUACUUGCAGAUGUCGCCGAGUUCUCAUAGCACAUCACUUUGACGAGGCUUGGGACUCCGCCAACUGCAACAAAAUGUGUGAUAACUGUUGCCGAGAAGAGUGUAAGUAAAAAAGAUUUCAAACCGGGAAGUUUUUUCAGACGCAAAACCAUUUUUCUUAUCCAAUUUAUAUAGUUCAUUAAUCUGAUGGUAACGUAGCCAAUCCACUUUAUCUUUAAAUUGCUCAAAUGGUUUUAAUUUAUAUCCUUCCUUAUCUUCCAACAGUAAAUCAGAGUAUCUCAACCAAUUCGUCUCCAUAUUUAACUUUUUCAGGGCCUUUGCUUCCAUUGGUGAAAGCCACCUAGGUGUUUUCCUUUCUAAGAGAUCUUUAUCUUUUAUCCAAACAUUGAAUAAGGAUUUUCUAAUUAUAUGAUUUUUGAAAUCUUUGUGGGCCUUUAUCUUGUCAUACCAUAGAUAAGCAUGCCACCCAAAAACAUUGUCAAACCCCUCCAAAUCAAGAACUUCAGCAUUGUCCAAUUUAAUCCAUUCCUUGACCCAACAAAGAGCUGCUGCAUCAAAAUAUAUCCUCAAGUCUGGCAGAGAAAAUCCCCCUCUUUCUUUUGAAUCUGUUAAUAAUUUGUAUUUAAUUCUGGGUUUUUUCCCCUGCCAGAUAAAUUUAGACAAUGCUUUCUGCCAUUCUUUAAAACAUUUCACAUUAUCAAGGAUUGGUAGGGCUUGAAAUAAAAACAGCAUCUUAGGCAAUGCAUUCAUCUUGACCACAGAUAUUUGGCCCAUUAAUGAUAAUUUUAAGUUUGACCAAAUCUCAAGAUCUCUCUUAAUUUCCCUCCAUAAUUUCUCAUAGUUAUCUUUAUAUAAAUUCAAAUUUUUACUUGUCAAAUUUACACCUAGAUAUUUAACUUUUUUCACCGAAGGCAACCGCUUUCUUGAGCAUAAGCUAGCUAUCUGUUGUUGCAGAACAGCAAGUGCCCUUUUCUUCAGCCACAUUGGCUUGCACCAGGCCACACCCACAUGGGUGGGACUUGGUGCUCACACCAAGGAACAACUUGCUACAGCUCCGUUAUUACAGUUCAGUUACAACUUACCUUUAACAUGCAUGCCAGCAAUUUUUCCAAAAUGUUGGUUGGCCCAGGGAAGGAGAGUGUACCACGCUGGAGAGAGCUGCAUUCUUUGUACAGUCGUACCUUGGUUCUCAAACGCCUUGGUACUCUCAAGUUUUGGCUUCUGAAUGCUGCAAACCUGGAAGUAAGUCUUCCGGUUUGCGAACGUUUUUCGGAAGUCGAACGUCUGACGCUGCUUCCGCUUGACUGCAGGAAGAUCCUGCAGCCAAUCGGAAGCCGUGCCUUGGUUUUCGAACUGUUUUGGGAGUCAAAUGGACUCCCGGAAUGGAUUAAGUUCGAGAACCAAUGUACCACUGUAAUGCCCACAUUUUUUGUUUCCUUUAGCUUGGAUUCACCAUUCACUGAGAAAGCUUUGCUAAUGGCAGUAGGUACUCGCAUCCUCCAGCUAUGGGUUGAGAGGUUCAAAGCUAGAGGUUUUUCAUAUGUGGAAGCCUGCCGGGGAUAUGUUGAAUUUGACGCCUGUUUUGGUCUCUCCAGUUCCUGCAGCUAACAGUUUGUGUUUUGUUCUGUCUCUUCCUCCCACCUGGUGACGCUUAGCAUUUGAGAAGAUGGAUGUGACAGGGCACUGCCGGGAUCUUGUCAAUAUUUUAAAGCAAGUGGACCAAAUGAGAGAGAAAUUCACUCCUCUGAAGCUGAUUGAUGCCUGGUUAGGGAAGGGUUUGUCAAAACUGGGAGUAGAUGUUGUUUCUCCCAAGCUUCCCCGUGAUACACUGGAGAGAAUUGUUGCCCAUUUGAUACUGCAGCAGUACCUGAAGUAAGUAUUGAAACAAGAAGCCUAUUUACAUACCUCCAUGCCUUGUAUAACACCCCCCCCCCCCAAUUUUAUUACAGCUAACCUGUGGCCCUAUAGAUUUCGUUGGGCUCCAACACCCACCAGUCCUAACCAACAUAGCCAAUUGCUAGGAAUGGCAGGAUUUGUAGUUCCAGCAACAUCUGGUGGGGCAGAGGUUAGCCCGCUCUGUUCUGUUAGCUCAGUGUUAACUGUACAAAUUCAAAGGAAAAGAUUUUAUGGGGCACUAGGCUUAGCAAUAGACCCCAAAAUACAGUGGAUGCUCCCCCAUCCCAUUUCCAAAGCCAAAUAUCCAUAAAACAUGAGCCUCAAUUCUGCUGUGUUUCAGUCAAGUAUUCCCCACCCUUUUUAAACUGCUCUACCUCUCCCCUUUUCAUACGCAAAGGCUUAAUUUAUUUCAGGGAAGACUUCAGCUUCACAGCAUUUGCUACAAUAUCCUACGUGAAGAUAGGACCCAGAGCUGAUCUUCUGAGAAACAAAACUCAUGUUAUCACGAUGCCAGUGGUAAUGAGCAAAAACAGUAUUGCUAAGGUAUAUUAUUAUUAUUAUUCCUGUUAUUUUUCUAGGUUUAAUACUGUGUUAGGCGUCUAAUAACAGUAGCUUUGUCCCCUUUUCUAAUUUUCAUGGGAACUUGUUUCAUGUGUGUUAGCAAGUGACACAAAUCACAGAAAGACAAAUUAGAGCUUUAAAAGCUUUCUGUCCAAAAUAAUUCUGAGCAGGCAGCACAGUGUUUUUGUUAAUACUGACCCCCCUCCAUGCAAGAGGGGUCAAACUAUAGUUGAAUGUUCCACAAUAACAAAAAAUAGGGCUUGUUGCUAUGGCUGAAAUUUUUCUUUCAGCAGUGACAUUAUGGACUUUACAUGGUCUGUAUUGUUGUUCUUUGUCGUUUUUUAUACCCACCUAGAUCACUGUACUCUUUCCACUCACCCUUUGUUGGGUUUACUUGUGUGUGAUUGUGUGUGUGCUCUGUGCAGAUAACUGUGAGUGCACUACAUGAAUGAGCAGUAUAGUUGCUGUGAAACUAUGUGGUGUCCACGCUCUUAACGUGACACUGCUCGCAAAGCCCUGUUCUACCAAAGCGGAGCCAUCAGGAGAAAUAGGAGAAGCGUCAGGAGACGAUAGGUGGAAAAAAGACUGGUAGAGCUUCAUCAAUGCUAGGAUGCCUGAAGACAAGGGAGAUUAAUAGGAGGGUUCUCAGGACCCUGGAUAGGCCCCAGGAGAGCAGACAACCAAGGAGCCAGAUGUACUCCCCACUUGCCCUUCUGGGCUGGGACAGACUUCCUCUGCAUGUGACUAGAGGUGGGCGUGGCCUCACCUGUGCAGGUAACAAAAGCAUAGGACUGGCCGCCAUCUCUCUAUGACUACUUUCAUUGUAGAAGCAACAUCUGCUUAGCCAAAGAGCCAAGAGAGGACAAAGGGACUGUCUCCUUAUGAGAUAGUUUCCAGGUGUAUGUUACUUUUCUAAGAUAAGUCUGCCUUCUGGGAUCCGAUUAUGAACAGAAUGUCAGUAAACUCUUUUUAUACUUUUAUAGAAGACUGCGUCGUGUCUUAUCUUUUAUGAGGGAAUGAGGGGAAAAUACCAGAACAGUUAUUAUAGAGGCUUUAGCGAGCCUGAGCAAACGUAUCGGCUGUGAGUUUAAAAAGGGGAAUGCUACUCUGCUAAAUUGUGAACUUGUUUACACAGGUUGGAAAGGCUAUAAUCAAACAAUAUAUCCUCUCCUGCAUCCCUGAACAUUCCCACAUAAACUUGGCAACACCCACUUUUGUGCAGACCCCCAAUGUCCAAGGACAGAUGACCUUGCUGACCCCACCCCAAAUUAGCCGCUCCUGCAAUACUGGAAGAGAUAAUGGGGGAAGAAGUAAAAUUUCAACAUCUAGUUUGAAGUCAGAGCAUGCAUGCUAACAAAAAUUGUUUUGAUUGUCAGGUCAAAUCUCCAUUAUCCAGCCGAGGAAGCUCAUCCGGAAAGAAAACGGAUGUUGCACGUAAAAAAAGGGGAAGUGAACAUAAACCGCCUCAUUCAGAGAAACGCAUCCAAGCAAAAAAGAUUAAAAUGGAAGAGGAAGAGGAUGACGACGAUGACGACUUGCUGUUCAUCGAUGAUUCCUAGAGUAUUUUGUUUGUAUGUUACUUUUCAACUUCAGAAUAAAUUGGGAGUUGGAAGAAAUGCCAAGCAAGCGACGGGGCUGGAGAAGAGCAGAAUUUGCCCCCAAGGCUGCUAGGCCCUCACUCAUCACAUCGCCAGGCUUCUGGCAUUGUGCUGGUUUUUCUAGGUCUCCCUUAUCCUAGCCCUUGUUUUGGAUUAUAACGCAAGCGUGAUGGCUGGCUGGGCAGGGAGGUAAUGGGUAGGACUCUUGCUUUCCACCAGAAAUAUAAGGCAGUAUGACUUCGUUCUUAAAAUCCAUUAUGUAACCUUCUUAAAUUGCCUUGAAUAUCUUGUUCUGGGUCAGGAUGUAAAUAAUACACAUUCACCAUAAUUCAUGGUAUUUGUAAGGACUAAGAUAUUGCAUGACUUUGCAUACUCAGAAAUGUUGUAUAUAUGCUAUGUAUUAAAAUGUUUUUUGUCCCACAAAGUUAGUUGUGCCUCUCCUGCUGUGAUAUGUGUGGACCAGCUUGAUGGCUGGAGUGCCCACCUUAAAAUUGUGUUUUUAUUAUUCUAAAAAAAGCUCAACAACUUCAAUCCUGAAAAAAACUUUGGUCGGCCUUCACUUCAUCAAAUGGCCCUCUUUGAAAAAAGUUUGGACACCACUGAGUCAUAUGGUGUUUGUAAAGUUAUGGAACCCCCAAGCUUCACUACACUCUUCAGCACUAGCUAAAAAGAUUCUUGUUCAGGCAAGGGUACCAUGAUAUUUAGUAUUUUAACUUUUGUAUGUUUUAAAGUAUGGUUGUGAUUUUAUUUUAUUUUUUACUGUUUUAUCCUUUGUUGAACUGCUUUGAAUUUUCACAAUGGUGUAUAAUUAUUCUGAAAGGAAAAUGAAGAGUGUGUUAAUAAGUCCAUCAGCAGCUGGAGCAUGGCAGUUAAAUAUAAGUACAUAGUAAUUCAAAAGCAGGGUAUUUACUUGCAAGGGCAUAAAUGUCUCUGCCAUGCCCUGUUUCUCAAUUCUAGUGCUGUGUUUUUGGCCACAGUGAACUGAAUAGACCUUGGGCUGUUUCCAGAGGCAGCUAUAUUGUAAAACCUGGCGACAUGCUGUAAUAGAGGCAAAGUGCAUAGUGGGAACCUAACUACUUCCAAUGAAGUAGAACAGUUACUCUUUUUAAAGGGACCUUCAUUGGGUAGCUGCUUCUCCCAAGCAAAGUUACUUGACCGACCCAGACCACUACAGUGCAAUUCAAGUUAUGGGAUGUUUUUAAUUUUUUCAAAAUAAAAAUACAUUUUAAAUUGUCAUCCCAGCAUUACCCAAGUCCUGAAAUUUUAUUUUGAAAGCUGACGAAUCAACAGGUUCUCUCACUUACCAUUUACAUGUCCUACUGAGCAGACCCUGAGGAACCCUCCUUACAGACCUAUGUUUAGUUCUGUAUCACUGGCUGCAGUGUUCCAGUAUCCGUGCCUCCCAGGGGGUAGGGAUAAAGCCCAUCUGUGUGUAAGUGAAAGUGGCCUCCAGCAUAGUUAGAAAAAUAAUUUAAAGAAGCAAAUAGAUAAUCAAAAUCUAUCUAAAGUUUCAGCACUUCCAAACCAUUUUUUUUUGGGGGGGGGGAGGAAGAAAGAGAAAUAAGCACUGCUGUUUUUUAAAAAGCAUUUCAAAAUGCUUAAACUUUGGCAAAAUUAUGCCUAUAAUUUUUAAACUGCAAAUAAUUGAAUCUUUUAUUUUAACAUCUGUUUAUGCAAACUGCUUUUGCAUGAUGCAAGUAAAAUACAAAAUAUUCAAUAUGUAAGCCCCACUGAACCUUAUAUUAAGUCUGUACUAGAUACAGUGGUACCUCGCAAGACGAAUGCCUCGCAAGACGAAAGAGUUUUUCGUUUUUUUGAGUUGCUUCGCAAGACGAAUUUCCCUAUGGGCUUGCUUCGCAAGACAAAAAAAACGAAAACGUCUUGCAAGUUUGUUUCCUUUUUCUUAAAACCGUUAAUACCCAGGGUGACUUCGAGGAGCAACUCAAUAGCACGCGGUGUGGUAGCCUUUUUUUGAGGUUUUUGAAGACUUUGGUGAUUUUGAAGACUUUGGGAAACCGUGCUUCGCAAGACGAAAAAUUCGCAAGACGAAAAAACUCGCAGAACGAAUUAAUUUCGUCUUGCGAGGCACCACUGUAAUACACUUCCCCACAGUUCAGUGCUUGAACGUCGGUAGACCAUGUUUAGCAGCAAAGCCUGAAAGCACCCACAACCAUGGUUUUUAAGGAAAUUACAAUCAUCUAUCCUUAUAUGUGUAGUCUGCCUAGGGGAACCUUCUCUCUUUUUUCAUUUUUUAAAAAAGUAGUCACCGACACUUUUUUAUGUUCAGUCAAAGUAAUCCUCUAUGUCUAUCCUUGGAUCCAAAAGAUCUUCCCCAUAGCGUGACAGAUCCAUUUGGUUGAGAAUCAGGUUUUCAAAGGUUUCUUCUAGGUCUGUUUCUCCAAUCAAUACUGCUCCCAGCAUGCGCCCAUUCUGCAUCACGACUUUGACGUACUCCUGCCCUUUAGUGCACCUGAGCAUCAGUUCAUGGUCUGAGCCCAAGCCUUGCGCAUUGUACUUUCCCAGCAGCACCACCUGGGGGAAUGGGGAAAAAAAUAAGUUGUGGUCUUGAGAGUGCAAGUAGUGCAGAAGAGAGCCCUCUGCCUUAAUCUAGUUACUCUAGUACUGAUUUGCUUUGGGUCUGCCUUGAGAGUAGCCUCUACAUCUUUUACAAAGGAAGCUCCAUGUGGUGAAAUUAGGUUUUAGCUACAUAAAUGUACUCUUGAGAUUUGCUAUCAUGAGGACUGGAGUUGUGCAUAUUUCCCAAGUGAGACAAAUCAUGGCCUACCUAUGGAAAUCUAAACCUACUGCCAUUGAAGAUUAGGCGAUAUUAGUAGGGCAAUUUACAAUCAUACCUGCAGUAAAUAAUUGCAAUGAUUUUGGAAAUGGAAGAAUCUGGAUUACAGUGUUUUGAGGCAAGCUAUAUGAAGACCAAGGGUAAUAACUGGUAGAGACUAAUCUGCAUUUAUGAAUUCCUAAACAUGGUAAGUUCUGUGCUAACCAGACACUGCUGCUUAUGGAUCGAUUUCCUUGAGCUAAGUUACUCAUUUUGUAGGAUCAUAUACUGUACUGACAUAAAGCAGUAUCUGGACAUCUUGCAGUCCAGUAUUUUACUCUGAAACUGUGUGCGCUACAUGCUGGGGGGGGGGGGGGGAGGAAGCCAGUUAGUUUGCUGCUCAUCAGUGCAGAGAGAAAGCUAGGUGUGGUAGCAUUCUGCAGAAUUAAAAUGGAAUCCCUUGCAAUCAAGCCAUUCCAAAACAGUGAAUCAUUGCAGUCGUUUAUACACAGUUCAUUACCUUGUAAUUGAAAAACUUUGUCACAUGAGCAAAGAGUUCAAAGCAAAAGUCCAUGUCUGUAGGUUCCCCUAAAGUAUCAGCAGCCAUACAUUUUGCAGCAUACCAUCCCAUCUGCCUAGCCUGGGUCCAAAGCCUCAUCUGGAAAAAAGGAUAUGGGAAUCUAUGCACCGAGAUUGCAAGCAAGCGUUUUAGAACAAUGAGCGUGUUUUCCUGGAGCCCAAUCUCAAGUGCUCAGCUUAUCAGAGAGCUACUAUAAAGUACGGCCCUUGCUAAAAAUAUGGGAAGCAUUGAUAGUUACCCUUAUACGUGGGAUCCACACAAAAAACCCCAUCACUGGCUGAAGUGAUCCUGUUUGUCAUGCCUUUCCCAGGAUAUUCAAAUAAAUAAUAAUCCUAUUCCUCUUCACUUCCAAUUUUCCAGCCCCAAGGACACAUGGAAGAUGAAUGAAGAUUGUAGAUUGGCAGACAACAGACGGCUGGAAUAGGAGUUUCUGCAGGUGGCUGUAGAAGCCGCUACAACAAAUUGCUGCUACAGUCACCUGGAGACUUCUGGCAGCUCAAGAUACUUUAUUUAGUAUCCUCUGAAAACUGGGGCAAAGUCCUUUGGCCGGCUGUGGAUUUGGCCAACAAUUCCACCCCUAAGUUUGAUACUUAGGGGAUUGAGGCGGGUCGGGACUGCUGAUUCUCUUAGAUUUAUCAGCAGCCUUUGACAUGGUCGAUCAUGAUCUUUUAGACCACCGCCUCGCUGAUGUGGGGAUACAGGGCAUAGCCCAUAAAUGGCUGUGCUCUUUUAUCUCUGGUCUCAGAGAUAAAAGAGCACAGAGGAUGGCACUUUAAAGCCCUUCACGGCCUAGGACCCUCGUACCUACGAGACCGCCUCUCCUGGUAUGCCCCACGGAGGACCUUAAGGUCCAUAUAUAGUAACACCCUAGAGGUCCCAGGCCCUAAGGAAGUUAGAUUAGCCUCAACCAGAGCCAGGGCCUUCUCAAAACUGGCUCCGGCCUGGUGGAAUGCUCUGUCUCAUGAGACCAGGGCCCUGUGGGAUCUGAUAUCUUUCCGCAGGGCCUGUAAGACAGAAUUGUUCCACCUGGCCUUUGGCUUAGAAUCAGUUUGAUUCCCUCCCCCUCUUUCUUUUUCCUUUCUCUUCCUUUGAAGAGAUUGCACCCUAAUGUUUUAAUGUUGUAUCUUAAUCUUUUAAAUUGUAUUUUAAUCAACUUGUUUUUAUUAUUGGUUGUUAGCCGCCCUGAGCCCAGUCUUGGCUGGGGAGGUAGGGGUAUAAAUCAAAAUUUAUUAUUACUAUUAUUAUUAUUAUUAUUAUUACUUAAGGCAGGUGUUCAUUCCCUUCUGUUCUGUCAUUUAACUGAACUGCCAGAUGUACAAUGUGUUUAGGACAACAUGAACUAGAAGAAAGCCCAGGCUAAUUAUAUACCGGUAAUACACUGAUGGGAUUAAAUUACCCUGAGGAAAUCUUGUUAAAGCUACACACAUCUACAUUUGCCUUACCUGCUGCCAAACUGGACUAGGCUCCCAUGACGUAGUGCAGAUGUCCCCUGCCGCGUAGAUAUCUGGUAGAGAAGUAUGCAUGUAUUUGUCCACUGUCAGACCCCCAUCUUCACCUAGAACAAACUAAGCAUUUAAGAGGUAAAUGCAGAUUUCUGCAAAAUGGUGGGUGGCUGGAAGACAAAACUUUGCUGGUCUUAAUAAGAUCCGAGGUUGGGGGCUCUUAUGUGUCUUUUAAGGGUAUUGUUAUGAAGAAGCCACACCCUUUGGCCCAUCCCAAUUUAGCUAUCGGUAUCCCAGUCCUUAGAGCUGCCGCACUUGGAAAGAUCUCAAGUCUCUGGCCGCACAUCCUGUCCAAUCAAGGACUCUUGAGACAAAGAUUAAGUGUAAGGUAUUGGUUGUGUUUAGAAAAGAUUUAUGAAAGAUUUAGAAAACUUAUUGAUUAGAAUAUUUGUAUAAGAUUGUAUGGGGAAAAUACGGAAUAACAGAUACAAUUUUGCUUAAAAUGUAUAUAGGAAGUGCAGUGUAAGCGAUGGAAGUCAAUCAAUGAAAUUUUAUUAUUGAGAUAUUUGUAGAAUAAAUUUGGAAGAAAUUCUUCCAAUUUUUCUUCUUCUUUUUCUCCUUAUUUUUUCUUUUCUUCCUUUUUCCUUUUUGUUCUUUUUUUAUAUAUGUGUGCUUAUCUGAAAUAUAUAUGUAUGUAUGUAUUUGCAGUAUUUUCCUUGUAUUUUGUAAUAAUUAUGUUAAAUAAAUUUAUUUU